GCCUGCGUCCCAGCAAACCCCGCCCCCUUCCCCCCCAACCCUUCAGCCGCGCAGAAUGGCGGCUCUUUUAGAAUCUCUCCUGUGCAAGAAAGUGGAUAUUAAAACGGUUUUGGAAUGGCUAAAGAAUGAUGAGGAAGGUGAACGGCUGGCGUUCAGUGAACCGCAGGUGUCAGUUCACAAACAAGAAUUCGUCCCAUUUCUUCUGAACUUCCUGAGAGAGCAGAGCAGCCGAGCACUGACUCAUGGCCCUGCCACGCCGGCCAAGACCCCCAACCGCCUCAGACCUGGUGCACAGGGCUGCAGGUCAGCGGCAGGUGCUGCAGCUGGUUCUCGGAGUGCCAGCCGGGUCCAGCUGUUUUCUCCUUCCCCAUCGGUGUCCCCUGGGUCUGAGUGGGACGCUGCGUCCCACUCUCUGAGUGGGGUCAACCCCUUCAGCAGCCCCUCCUUUGCCACAGGAUGGAGCCCCGCCUCCAGGCCUUCAGGUCAUGAACGCCGUUCUGGCCAGAAGGUCAGUCUGGGGGACUACAUGGUUUCUCCUCCUGACCUCCAGAAAAGCCCCAGCAUCCAGUCGCAGAAGAGCCGCAGGAGAAGCGGUGGCAACAUGGCACUGGGGGGACAAGGGAAACAUGGAGGAUGGCGGCAAGCACAUCACAGUGAUGAGAUCGGAAGAAGGCCGAGUAGAGGAGGAGGGAACAGUAGGAUAAGUGAGCAGGUUUCACCUCCAUCUGUGGGGCAGCUCAAUUUGAACAACUUGGAGGACUUUCCCCCUGUUGGGUCUUCACCCAUUUCACCUGCGGCAUCAAAACCAUCAAGAAGAAUAAACCCAACGCCGGUCAGUGAAGAACGUGCUCACUCCAAACCAAAGACCUGCUUCACCUCCAUCCCAUUCACUGAAUCUUCUAGUCCCUCAUUAGCUGUAGAUGCGCUCGAGGGCCCAUUGACCGUCGGCAGUCCUCUGAGCCUGCAGGAAGAGAGGGAGCUACUAAAGAAAGAAAAGACAAAGCGUGCUCAGCAGGUCAGCUCUCCUCUGCUGUCCUCUCUGGACCCUUGCACCCCCACCAAGUCAGGGCUUGGGGCGGGAUCUAAAGUUACACCGGAGCUGCAAACACCAUGUCCUGAACCAUCCAAAGUCACCUUCUCUUCGGAACUGGAUCUCCUUGCAGAGCUGUACUGUACCUGUAUUUCUGAAAACCUUGUGCCAAACAUUUUCCUGGAGCUUUUCUUUGUUGUGCAAUUGCUAACGUCUCAAUCGGCUCACACUCAUGAUGACGACGAACGGGAAAGUUUGUGUUCAGUGAAUUCAGAAAUUAUGGAGCGAUGUUACCUGAGACGAGUACACAACUGUGUGUAUUUUGCGGUGAAGGUUUUGCAGAAUCAGUUUCAGUUGGUGGCUCAUUUGGACAAGUGUACUCUCCGUCUGCUGGCAGAGAACGAGCGGGUGGCGUCUUUCUCUCCGGCUCUCAGGGACCGUCUGACUGAGGCCCAGGGGGGGAGCACGGCCCAGCACUCUCCUUCAGUUUCCACUUUCAUCCACUCAGUCCCAUUCCAGCCAGCUACUGACAACCAGUCCAACUUCUGCAGUACUCACGCCUUCCACAUCUUUAAAAAACAGAGAGAUAUUUUUUACGAGGUGCUGCGAGAAUGGGAGGACUUUCACAAAGAGCAGGGGUGGAACUUUGACGCUGCUCUCGGCAGAAGGAUAAGGGGAAUUAUGAGUCAACUCACUUCUGCAGGAAACCAUUCACAUUUUGCCCGUUUGUUCCUGAAGCAGCUUAUUCAGGUGUGUAAAGGGCCGGGCGUGAACAGCUCUCCUGGAGAGACUCCUGACGCAGACCUGCUGGGCAUGCUGGGAGCCGACAGCCUGGGCCGUCUGAAGCGGCUCGAGGAGCGUCUCAUUCAGCCGCAGGGAGUCGUCGGGCCCUGUCCUCCACCGUCCUUUCCUGGUCACCAGGAGUUCUUCAGGGAUUUCCUGCAGGCAGCCAGUUGCUGCCACCUGAACCAGCACUUGCAGGACAGCUUGUGUCAGCAGCUCCUCCAGCUGGACGAGGUGUCCAUCCUGAGUCCGCCUGCUUCCGUCGCAGGGGUGGACGAGGAGGGAGAUGGGGACAUGGAGCAGCAGGAUGAGAAGCAGCGGUUCACCUCAGUGCUGCUCCUGGCUCGUCUUCUGGCUAAGUUUCUGGGAUUCAUUUCCUUUCUGCCUUACCAAACGUCUGAGAGACCGUCCAGGGAGAUACGGGACGCUGCUGUAGCCCUGCGGAGCAAGAGUGUCCCGGUGCUGGAUGUGUGUGCCGUGCUGAGUAACAGUAUGAAAAGGAGGCGCACCAUCCUGACUGUGCCCUGGCUGGUGGAGUUCCUCUCCAUGAUGGACUUUGUUGGUCCCCUCCUGCUUUGCUAUAGAACGGCAUUGGGCAAACUGCUCCUCCUGUACAGGAGAAUGCUGCUGGGAAGAUGUGGAGAGAUGUGUUACCUGAACAAGCUACUCACGGUGUCCGUGUUGGGUUGGCUCUUCCAGAUCCCAGUGAUUCCCGAGGACAUUUUCUUCACCAAUGAGUUCACCGAGGUGGCCAAGCUGGAGGACAGCAGCACGAGUGCUGCGGGGCUCGACUGCAUUCCCCUGGUGGAUCAGCAGCUUCUCUACACAUGUUGUCCAUUUCUUGGUGAGUUCCGUAAGCUCCUAGCUGCCUUUGUGUCGGGAAGCUCCGCCAAAAGUGGAGGAAUUAUCCGCAAGAUUACCCCCACUUCCGCCGAGCUGAAGGACGCGCCGACGGCCAACAGGUCGCAGCAGAAACUGCAGGUGGACCUGGAGCAAGCCUUCUUUCACAACCAGCCUCCGUCGCUGCGUCGCACCGUGGAGUUUGUGGCCGAGAGAGUCGGAUCCAACGCUGUCAAGCACAUGAAGGCCACGCUGGUGAGCGAGUUGGUGGAGCGAGGUGAGAAGAUGCUGCGGGAUGGUCUGGCGUCGCCCAACUCUAAUCCCUCAAAGCUAAAUGACUCCAUCUGUGCUCAGCUGUGUGUCGCCGGAUUGGAAGCCAUGGCCAAAGCCACCAGAUUUUGCAGUGAGAAGAGUCCAGAGGCAAUACGGAUUCUGCUCUCUGAUGAAACGUCCCCUGCUGUCCGGACCACGUCUGAAAACAUCACCAAACGUCUUGCGACAGAAAAGGCCUGCAGCUGGCUCUCCGCCAACAUCACAGCCCUGAUCAGACGAGAGUGGAAGAGCAGGUACGAUCGCGUGAUGAAGACCGCGGCCGGCCCGCCGCCUCCACACUCUAGGCUGGAUGUCGAGGCUGCCGCGCCCGAGCCGCCCACCAAGGAGGAGCCCUCGGCGGCCCCCAAGACGAGGCGAGGAAGCGAGAGAGUGACGUCCUGCCCGCCGCACUGCAGCCACGGCGCCUCGCUGCCCUCCGACGUCCUCAUUGAGAUGAAGGAGUGGCUUAGCAUCGCAGUAGGCCCCCGGACCAAUGAUGAGCUGCUCACCGGCUCUCAGGCGAAAGCGCUGCUGCAGAGAGUGGCGGACACGCUGGCCUGCAGAAAGUUCUCCACUGCGACGUCAGAGCAGAUGCUGCUGAACUCUACGGUGCUGCUGGCCUGCAGACUGGUGUCCGCCGAGCUGCCCGUCCUGUCUCCGUCAGAGGGGGACGGGGACGUCGCGGGUUCGGGAUCAGAACCUCCGGUCCGAGCGCUGCUGGAGCAGCUCGCCGCACUGUGGCAAGCUGACGGCUGUUCCUCCGCCCCGCUCCACCUGCUCUUCGCCCAACUCACCGUCUCCGCUGUGCUGAAGGCCAGCGACGCCGAGUGGAAGAACUACCUGUUUCUGGUUAGAAAGCUGGUAGACGGACAGGUCUUGAGCGAGGAAGAGGUCAUAUCUCAUUGGAGGAAGCUAACCAACUUGGCCUUGCCAGCGCUGGUGGAGAAUUUCCAGCUGCAGUCACAGAGCAUUAAACCCCCGUUGCCUCUGGCUGAGUUGCAGAGCCAGCUGGACGUGCUGCAGGUCUCCCAACAGGCAGUAGAGGGCGCUACAUGACAGCGAUAAUACCGCUCGGGGAGCCCACAGCAUCUGCUCUGUUAUCCACAACUGUUUCAUGUCACACCUGACAGGUGUUUCAUUCAGGGGAGGGAUGCGGAUGCCAGGGGACUUCGUGCUGUUGACCGUUUCCCUUUGAAUUGCCAUUGAAACGACUGCGGUCUUUCAUGUCUCCCUUUUGCUCUUUGGCUAAGGUGCCGGCGAGAGGCAGAGAGCCGUGUCAGUCAGGAGGAGCAGCUAGGGGACCACAACGUUUCAGAUCUGUUCGACUUUCCUGCAAGCACAACUGGUCUAUGGUUGUGUCUGAGGGGAAAUACCAGUACAGUAGAUGAAACAUUUUAAAACGAUAGAGAGACUCUGCAAAGACAUAAGACGGGUCAACAUUAGACUGCUGUGGACCUUAGCGUUACCGUGACAAACUUUGAAUUCAAAGAUUUUACGCAAAGUAUUCUACCAGAAUAAUAUUUUAAACCGACUCUUGGUGAUAAAAUGGACACAAAAAAACUAAAAAUGUUCUGUUGGUGUUUAGACUUGCCAGAGAAGAUAAAAGGUCUUCAUUUUAGUAGCACUUUCACACACUGCCUUUGACCGCCACGACUAGUGAUGCAUGUUUCUUCCACGAACGCCAGACUGCGCUUGUGUUUUUUAGUUCACGUUGGAUGCACGCUGCAUUCCCUGCUGCUUUUUUAAAAACCCUUUAAUAUUUUUAUGUUGCCACGGAAGUAAUAAUAAAGAUGUAUUCUGCUUUAAA